AUGUCUGGCUUUAUGGAUGGUGAUGUGAAAAUUCGAUCUCCAAAUUCAGCUAUAUCAUCUUCUGUUCAAUAUUUCCAUCUAGAAUAUGUCACAAUCGAUUUAUACAGUCUCCUAACUGUUGCACCUAUGCUUCACACUCUUGAAGCCAGAUUCGUCAUUCCCGAUCUGGAAUUAGGUAGAAGUCAUCCUCAUCUAUUGUAUUUGCAACGAUUACGGAUUGAACUGUGGACUAUUACUUGGAUACAAAUAACAAUUUUACUUUCGUCUUUUCCACAACUCACUUACUUCGCAAUUACUGCUAGCCGUGUGACUAGUGAUAUGGCUGAUGGUUUUGCUUGGUCACGAUUGUUACAAGGGAUCAAACAUUUCGAAUUUGAACUUGAAUUCUCUGAUGAUGCCUUCGAACAACAACCACUCCAUUUUGACUCAUUUCGCACGAAAUUUUGGCUCGAAGAGAAAAAAUGGUUUGUUACAUACGAUCGAAGCUUUAGCUAUGAUGAAUGUUCAAUGCACUAUUGGAGUUCAUCUUCUAUCAUGAUUUAUCCAACACCGGAGAGGAUUCGAACGAUAGUGUCAGAAUCAACUGCAUCUGAAAGAGAAUCAUAUUAUAAUCUUCGUUGCUUAACAGUUGAUGAUAAGUUUUUGAAAUGUAAACUCUUACAUCGGCACACUGGUACCAAAGAAUUGUACUUGUCAGAAGUUACUGUUACACUUCCCACAACGCUCAAAGAUCUCAUGACUGGUCUUGAUACAUCGCAAAUUACGACAUGUACCAUUGAUCCCGAAUGGAAUAGAAAUUCGCCUUAUGAACACAUCGAAUUUUUACACAGUUUACCUCGUUUGCGUCGGCUCAAACUGUCUAGUAUUAGUCUCGACGGCUUUUUUCUUCAUCAAUGGCCGCAUAUUAUUGAUCUAGAGAUUGAAAAUGAGUUCAAGCAUGAGUUUCAUGUAUUAUCUUCAAAUGAUGUCGAUGCAUUUUGUCAUUCAUUUACUCAUAUCGAACGACUUGACAUUCACUCAUCAUCUAUCCCUGAUCUAGCACAACUUCUCAAUAGAAUGAAGAUGACAUUAAGACAGAUGCGAAUUAGACAACCGGACAAGAUCAAUAAUGAACAACUCAUAACACGUGAAUGGAUUAAACAAAAGACGAACUUACAAAAUUUUUACUACACACGUAAUCAUUGGAAUACUGUCACAUUGUGGCUUUGA